UGGCAGUGACGCGUCUUUUCCUAACGCAGCAGCAGCAGCAACAACAGCGGACGUAGAAGAGGAAAGUGAAGCGGACAGAUGGCGGCGCACAUGAGGAGCGUGUUGUGUCUCCUGUCCAGAGGACACGGUGGUUUUGUCUCACGGAGCUGCAGGACAGUGACGGUGACACCGAGCAGGUUUGUCCGAGGUCUGAGGAGGAAACCGGUCAAUGUUCUGUUUCCUGACGAGGAGCUGGACACGAAGAAGAACAAGAAACCACCACCACCACCAUCAUCAUCAUCAUCAUCAUCAGGAGGAGGACAUCAAUUUAAAGUUCACUCAGAACAUGUCUCAGUGAAGGACAUGACGGACAAACCUGCUCACGUCUCUGUCUCUCAGGACCCGCUCGAUGGACUUCACUUUGAGACAUCUUCUCCUGGAGACAAAAGAUUGGCGAGGUUAGCGAGUGUGGCUCGUUCGAGGACGUUCCGUGAGCAGCAGAAUAAAAUCCUCCUGGAAGGUCGGCGUUUGAUCUGCGACGCUCUGGACGCCGGCGCAAACCCACAGAUGUUCUUCUUCAGCUCGGUGGAUCGACUCAGAGAGCUGCCCGUGGACAAGCUGAGGAGAGCCACGCUGGUCAAAGUCAAGUUUGAGGACAUCAAGAUCUGGUCUGACCUCGUGACCCCACAGGGAGUGAUCGCCAUAUUCUCUCGUCCAGAUCCAUCGCGGUUAAAGUUCGUAAAUACAGGUCACUCUGUGCCGCUGACCCUGAUCUGUGACAAUGUCCGAGACCCAGGAAACCUGGGGACGAUGCUGCGAUGUGCUGCUGCUGCUGGAUGUCACAGUGUCCUGCUCAGUAAAGGCUGCGUCGACGCGUGGGAACCUAAAGUUCUUCGUGCAGCGAUGGGAGCUCAUUUCCGUCUUCCCAUCUACACGAGCCUGGACUGGACCAACAUAGAAGAUCACCUCCCUAAACCUGUGAGUGUCCACGUGGCGGACAGCAGCAGUGUCCCUGACGCACACAGACAAACACACGAGCCACAGGAUCACGUGUCUCACAAACCCAAAGCAGGAGACCACGGCUGGGUGAGCACGAGACGGAGUCUCAGAGACGUGAGCUACGAGGAACACGACUCUGACUCUGACUCUGACUCUGAGGACGAAGGACUGUCUCUGCCCAGACUGGACACCAGGCUGUACCAUGAGACCUGGGCUCAGAGAGCCACUGCUCUGGUGAUCGGUGGUGAGACACACGGUCUCAGCGUGGAAUCUGUCCAGCUGGCAGAGCAGACGGGCGGUCACAGACUCUUUAUUCCUGUCGUCCCUGGCGUGGACAGCUUGAAUUCGGCCAUGGCAGCCAGUGUCCUGUUGUUCGAGGGCAGGAAGCAGCUAUUGAAACUCAGACAAACAUCUGGAAGAGAGUGGAAAUCUAAAGCUGAGGCGAAGUCUCGGUGAUGUUUCCUCUCAGUGUCUCUUUGAUUCCUCCUGGUCUUCAUUUGUCUGUGAAACAAACUCAAUAAAAUACACAUCAAAAUCA